AUGUCUUCUGUCAAGGUGGCCGUGAGGGUUCGCCCUUUCAACAAACGGGAACUCACCAGAGACUGCCGUCUAAUAAUUCAAAUGCAGGACAAUACUACAAUGAUCGAGAAUCCUAGGGACAGUACCACGAAGAGUUUCAACUAUGACUAUUCUUACUGGUCGUCGGAUACGUCAGACCCUCAUUUUGCGGGCCAGGACCAAGUUUACAGCGAUAUUGGCGAGGAGAUGCUGCAGCAUGCGUUUAAUGGUUACAAUGUGUGCAUUUUCGCAUACGGCCAAACAGGAGCCGGAAAGAGCUACACCAUGAUGGGACGACAAGAGGAAGGAGAGGAAGGAAUCAUACCCCACAUAUGCAAAGAUCUAUUCCGAAAAGUCCGGGGCGAUCCCGAAGACGGAAUUUUGCACUCCGUUGAGGUGUCUUACAUGGAAAUCUAUUGUGAGCGAGUCCGAGAUUUGUUGAAUCCUCAGAACAAAAAUAAUCUGAGGGUUCGCGAACAUCCGCUGCUCGGACCCUACGUCGAAGACCUUUCAAAGCUAGCCGUGACCUCGUACGAGGACAUUAACAGUCUGAUGGAUGAGGGAAACAAGGCCAGGACGGUUGCCGCAACGAACAUGAAUGAAACCUCGUCAAGGUCGCACGCCGUGUUUACGAUAAUGUUCACACAGCGGAGGCACGAUAGAGAGACGGGUCUGGACACUGAGAAGGUCAGCAAGAUCUCUCUCGUGGAUCUGGCCGGUAGUGAGCGUGCAGAUUCCACGGGAGCCCAAGGAACCCGUUUGAAGGAGGGAGCGAACAUCAACAAAUCUCUGACCACCCUCGGAAAAGUGAUAUCAGGCUUGGCGGAAAUGGCGGCCAAUCGAAACCUGAAAAAGAAGAAAGCCGAUCACAUUCCUUAUCGGGAUUCCGUAUUGACAUGGCUUCUCAAAGAGAACCUCGGAGGUAAUUCCAAGACGGCAAUGAUCGCCGCGAUAUCGCCGGCCGAUAUCAAUUAUGACGAAACACUUUCCACAUUGCGGUAUGCCGAUCGCGCGAAGCAAAUAGUUUGCAAAGCGGUUGUCAACGAGGACGCGAACGCCCGAAUGAUUCGCGAACUGAAGGAGGAGAUAGCCAAGCUCAAGAAUCUCCUGGUGGCCGAAGGAAUAAGAAUAGACGAUGUUCAGAACAGUCCGAGGCCUCGUCGGAAGUUACUAUCCGGCGCUACGGAAGACAAAAUUGAACAAUUGCAAGAAAGUGAGAAACUCAUCGCUGAACUCAAUCAAACGUGGGAGGAAAAACUCAAGAAAACCGAGGACAUCAAGAGACAGCGGGAAGCCGUCCUCGCCGAAAUGGGCGUGGCGCUAAAAGACGACGGGGACACGCUCGGCGUAUUUUCCCCGAAGAAGACACCUCAUCUCGUGAAUCUCAAUGAAGAUCCUCUGAUGUCAGAGUGUUUAUUGUACUAUAUCAAGGACGGUCUCACCCGGGUGGGACGGCCCGACGCCAACGUCCCUCAAGAUAUCAAGCUCACAGGCAGCGAAAUUCAGAACGAACACUGCACGUUCCAGAAUCACGAGGGAAUCGUGACGCUGCUGCCAUGCGAAGGGGCGACUGUGUUCGUGAAUGGGAAAGAGGUCGUCAAACAGGUCGAGCUCCAGAGCGGUAUGCGAGUGAUCCUAGGCAAGUACCACGUGUUUCGAUUCCAACAUCCGGAACAGGCGCGCGAAUUCCGGGGUCGAUCACCGACCGCGGAUGAGCCCACAGCCGUCGAUUGGACUUUCGCCCAAAGGGAAUUGCUGGAGAAGCAGGGCAUCGAUCUCAAAGUUGAAAUGGAGAAGAAAGUGGUGGCCAUCGAGGAGCAGUACAAACGAGAGAAAGAAGAAGCCGAUCAGCAGUUUGCCGAAGAACGCAAGAACUACGAGGCCAAAAUCGAGAGUUUACAGCGUCAGGUGGAAGAGGUUUCAAUGAUGUCGUCGAUGGCAUCGUCGUACGCGCUGUCGUCGUUCCUCGAACCGACCGAGGAGCCGUUGGCGGAAGAGGACUUUGAGCCUCUCGACGAGGCUCAGCUGAAAAUCGCCCGAUGGGCUUUCGACAAGUGGAAGUUCCACCAGUUCACGUCUCUCCGCGAUGACCUUUGGGGGAAUGCAAUCUUUCUCAAAGAAGCCAACGCGAUCAGCGUCGAGCUCAAAAAACGGGUACAGUUCCAAUUUGUUCUCCUGACCGACACACCGUACUCACCGCUGCCUCCGGACAUGUGUCCGAGCGACGGGCGAAAAACCAUCGUCGCGGUUGAAGUCCAGGACCUGAAAAACGGAGCCACCCACCACUGGUCGCUGGAGAAACUGCGACAACGACUUGAAGUAAUGCGUGAGAUGUACCAGAACGAGAAUGAAAGCUCACCAACGGCAGAUUCGGAGACACAAGGCGAUCCGUUUUACGACCGCUUCCCGUGGUUCCGGAUGAUUGGGCGAGCCUUCGUGUAUCUCACCAAUCUCAUGUACCCGAACGUGGCCCUCGUUCAGACCGCGGCCGUCGCCAAUGAAAGGGGCGAUGUUGUUGGAUAUCUCCGGAUUGCAGUUCAGGCGGGAACAGCCGGAGACGAACAGCCUGCCGGGGUUCGACAAUUCGCGAGGAUUCGAUUCGGAGACGAAAGCGGUGUACGCAACAGUCGAACACUCGAUGAUGGAGAAAUCUCAGGAGACGAGGGGGAAAGAAUCGUCGAAGGACGCGGGGAAGAAGACCUCGACAAGGACGUCGAUGGAGACUCGCUGCUUUCAACGGAGGACACCGACAGCGAACUAGACGAAUCCCAAUUGCCCGACCACUUGCGGCUCGGCUCCGAGUUCACGUUCCGCGUGACCGUCCUUCAAGCUGUUGGCAUCUCGAGAGAAUACGCUGACAUAUUUUGUCAAUUCAACUUCCUCCACCGACAUGAUGAAGCGUUCUCCACGGAGCCUCUGAAAAACACAGCGAAGGGACCGCCCCCUGGAUUCUUUCACGUGCAGAAUAUAACCGUGACCGUGACACGGGCGUUCGUCAAGUACAUCAGGAGUCGACCGAUCGUUUUCGAAGUGCUAGGUCACUACCAAGCUCAUCCGCUGCACAAGGAUGCGUGUACCGAGUUGAGCGGGCCUCGAGGGGACUGUCCCUCAACACCCCAACGCCAGCCGCCCCGACGGAUGUUCCCGAGGUCUCUCCCGAUAUCUCAGCCGGUGCGCUCGCCAAAGUUCGGUGUCGUUCCUCAAGCAAGUACGACUACUCACAUCGUGGCGAAACACGAUGUUUUAGUCUGGUUCGAGAUAUGUGAACUGACUCAAAACGGAGAGUAUCUCCCUGCCGCUGUCAAUCAUCACGAGGAGAACCCUUGUUUGAGGGGUAGCUUCCACUUGCACCAAGGCAUUCAGCGGCGUAUUCGCAUAACUUUUGUGCACGAAAAAACGGACAACCUUCCUUGGAAGGACAUAAAGGAAGUCGUAGUCGGAAGGCUACGAUCUACCCCGGAAUGCGAAUCGUUCGACGAUGAGAGCGACGAGUGCGUUCUCAGUUUGGGACUUUUCCCACCGCGCCAAUUGGAGAUGCCUGCCGGCGAUGAAAGAUGCUUCUAUCACUUCGAAGCAGCCUGGGACUCAUCGUUGCACAACUCACCGCUCCUGAAUAGAGUCACCCAAUCCGGAGAGCACGUCUACAUGACGAUCUCCGCGUAUCUCGAAUUGGAAAACUGUGCCCAGCCUGCGAUCAUAACAAAAGAUCUCUGUCUCGUAAUCGGAGGGCGCGAUGCUCGAUUCCAUUCUCGACUCUCGCCCCAUGCACGAUCGCUGAAAACUCUGUUCAGCGGAGGGGCGAGAAACUCAGACGCCGAUCACGUCACGGGCCUGUAUGAGGUAGUCCUCAAAAGAGCUUCGGAUUCCGGCGGCCCUGGCAUCCAGCGUCGUCAGCGACGCGUUCUCGACACGUCGUCGACCUACGUUAGGGGAGAGGAGAACCUGGCCGGCUGGCGUCCGAGGGGUGACUCGCUGAUUUUCGACCAUCAGUGGGAACUCGAGAAAUUAACGCGUCUAGAAGAAGUCGAGAAAGUUCGUCACUACCUUCUGCUUCGGGAGAAGCUCGGACUCGAAGCUGGCCCGAAAUCUCAGCGAUUCUCCGUGGAACAUCUCAUGUCACCGACAGGACAGAAGUCGUUGCCUACAGUGGACGAGAGCAUCUACGACCCGUGGAACAUGUCGGAACACGAAGAGACGUUAACACGCAAGAUGAUCAAUCUCAUCAACAGUCAUAUCCCUAGUCGACCGUCUCCAAUACAGGACGGGGCUGUGACCCCCAUAGCAGAGGAAGGAGGAAUUUCGCCAUCGACGUCCAGCCAUUCGCUGUGUGGCCUUCUGUCGCCUACUUCCGAAGCCAACGCCACAACCGGACCUCCCCCUGGUGGUCUUAGACCCGUACCGAUCGACAGCAGCUGUUCGGGGGGGCUGAUGCUCUCUAGCGGAUCGGGAUCCGCAGUGUCGAGACCGUAUGUUGCCGAAGUCGAAGAGAUUAGAGUGAGCCCCGUUGUGAGUCGUAAAGGAUUCCUCAAUCUGCUGGAAGAUAAGGCUCAAGCCUGGGUCAGGCGAUACGUGACCAUCCGGCGGCCAUACAUGUUCGUUUACAAGGAUCAGAACGAUCCGAUCGAGCGUGAGAUCGUCAACUUAUCAACAUCCGAAAUAAAUUACAAUGAAGAGCAACAGGCGAUGCUACAAGUGCCUCCACAUUCAACGUUCUCCGUUGUUACGGCUACGGGUGGUUAUCUUCUACAAACGGAAGCUGGCUGCGAGAGGGAGAUACACGACUGGUUGUACGCAAUCAAUCCGCUGCUUGCUGGCCAAAUCAGGUGA